AAUGACGCCUACAUUGGAGGUGUUUCCGCAUUUGCUUGGCCUUUUCCAUCGGAGCGCACGGGUUGCGUUCACGAUGCCUUUAUCACCUUCUUCUGGCAGGCCUCCAGAUAGACACCAGACAUGCUCACUUCGGUCACUGUCAUUUGCUUUACACCAGAAGCAAGAUGGCAAACAACGAGAAGGCCGAGAAGAAUGCAUCGCUAAAUCCGGGAGAUGGCGUUACGACGCCAAAUCACGAUGCCCGAAAAGACGACUCUAGAGCUGAGGAUCCCAAAAAGGAGGCACAAGGUGGACUGCACAGUUACUUGCGAGUGUUUACGUAUGCCGACCAUCUGAGCUGGAUCCUGAAUGUUAUCGCAUUCUUAGCUGCCAUUGGCGCUGGUGCGGUGCUGCCACUCAUGGAUCUGAUCUUUGGAAAGUUUGUCACAACAUUCGUGAGAUUCUCCACGGGCGUGUUAACGCCGGCCCAGUACCGGUCUGAAGUUAACAAGUACACACUCUAUUUCCUGUACCUUUUUGUGGCCAAAUUCUGUCUUUUCUAUACCCACUCUGUCCUGAUAUCGAUCGCUGCCAUCCGGACGACGAAAGCGUUACGAGUCGAUUUCGUUAGGGCCACGCUACGCCAGAAUGUGGCAUAUUUCGACUCGGCUGAAUCAGGGUCAGUCACUUCACAAGUGACAACCAGCACGAGCAACGUCAAUAAUGGCAUAUCGGAGAAAUUGACCUUGACAAUCCAAGGGCUUUCGACAUUCGUCACAGCUUUCAUCAUUGCAUUCGCUGUGCAAUGGAAGCUCACCCUCAUCACCAUCUCGAUCAUUCCGACGAUCAUCGUCGCUGUUGGCGUAUGCCUUGGCUUCAUGACCAAAUGGGAGAACGAGAUGCUUGAAAUCUACGGUCAAGCAGGGAAACUAGCCGAAGAGGUGUUUUCGACUAUGCAAACUGUCCACGCGUUCUGGUUGAACCCGCUCCUAGCCCGCAAGUUCGAUCAACAUCUACUAGAUGCACGAGUAAUUGGUAUGAAGAAUAGUCCAGUCUACGCUGUACUAUUCUCCACAGAAUUCUUCUGCAUUUACAGCGCCUACGGUCUGGCAUUUUGGCGGGGCAUCCGCAUGUACGUGAGUGGCGAGAUCAGUCAACCCGGCCAGGUGUUUACCGUCAUUCUCGCCGUCAUAGUCGCAGCUACGGCUAUGAGCACCAUCGCACCGCAGAUUAUCGCGUUAGGCAAAGGUGCAUCGGCGGCCGCACAGCUAUUCCAGGUCAUAGACCGCGUUUCGGAGAUUGAUUCGCUCAGUGAAGAAGGUCUUAUCCCCGAAAAGUGCGCCGGGCGUGUUGAGAUUCAAGGUAUUAGCUUUGCGUAUCCGACCAGGCCCGAUGUUCAAGUAUUGCAAAUGUUCUCUCUCUCUGUCCCUGCGAACAGUACUACAGCUCUCGUUGGUGCAAGUGGUUCUGGCAAGAGCACCAUAGUUGGCCUGAUGGAGAGAUGGUACGACCCGAGCGCUGGUAACAUCUUCCUCGACGGAACAAGAAUCCAAGACUUGAACCUGAGAUGGCUACGAACGAACAUUCGCUUGGUACAACAGGAGCCUGUGUUGUUCAGUGGGACUGUCUUCGAAAAUGUUGCGUGCGGACUUUUUGGGACCGAGAAGGGUAGUCUUCCCGAGGACCAACAGAGGAAACUUGUUGUGGAAGCGUGCAAGUCGGCAUACGCAGAUGAAUUCGUGGCGCAACUUCCCCAGGGAUACGAUACACAAAUCGGCGAGCGUGCAAUGAUGCUUUCCGGUGGACAAAAACAAAGGCUUGCGAUUGCUCGCAGUAUUAUCUCGGACCCACAGGUUCUACUUCUCGACGAAGCGACAAGUGCGCUAGACCCGAAGGCUGAGAAGAUGGUCCAACAGGCAUUAGACAGCGUCAGCAAGAACCGGACCACAAUUGUCAUUGCUCACAAGCUGUCUACAAUCAAGAACGCCGACAAUAUUGCAGUCAUGGCCAAAGGCUCGAUAAUAGAACAAGGCACCCACAACGAAUUAUUGGACAAGAAGGGGGCUUACGCAAGUCUUGUCACCGCACAAGACCUUGGGAAAGCCGACGGUGCGGAAGAAACCCUCCGGCACAGUGCUGAUGACGAUGGAGAGAAGCCCACUCUUGUACGGACGCAAACUCAGGCAUCGAUGCACAGCCAGGCCGCCGUCAAAACGGGCAAAGACGGAAUUAAUUAUAACCUCAUAAGCUGUAUCUUCAUUGUGUUCUGGGAGCACCGAAGGUUAUGGCCGUAUUUCCUGAUCCUCAUCUUCGCAUCGUUAAUGGGAGGUGCGACUUAUCCGGCCCAGGCUGUUCUCUUCGCGCGCAUCGCGACAACAUUCGAGAUACCGGGUGCCGAGGCUGUUGAACGGGGCGACUUUUACUCGCUGAUGUUCUUCGUCGUCGCUAUAGGCAACCUCAUCGCCUAUUCGCUGAUCGGAUGGUUUAGCAAUGUCGUCGUUCAGCAUGUCUCGCGCGGGUACAGGCUUGAAAUCUUCAACCUUAUCCUUAAACAAGACAUGAACUUUUUCGACAGGGAAGAGAACGCAACCGGCGCCCUUGUCUCUAAUCUAUCAACCUACCCAACCAGCCUACUUGAGCUCCUCGGUUUCAAUGUAAUGCUCAUUUUCAUCAAUGUCAUCAGUGUGCUUUCGAGCUGCAUCCUUGCGCUAGUCGUGGGAUGGAAGCUAGGAUGCGCAGUCGCAUUUGGUGCGCUUCCUUUGGUGGUCUUCUCAGGGUAUCUUCGAAUUCGUCUGGAAUUCAAGUUGGAAGAACAAACCGGAAAGCGUUUCGCCAGUAGUGCAGCUUUGGCCUCAGAAGCUGUUUCUGCCAUCCGCACCGUUUCGUCUCUGGCUUUGGAAAGGCACAUUAUCGCAAGAUACGCAGAACGUCUCCAGGGCGUAGCACGGCAUUCCAUGAAGUCUCUCUUCUGGACCAUGUUCUGGUACUCUUUCACGCAGUCCGUCUCAUUCCUGGCGAUGGCGCUGGGCUUCUGGUAUGGUGGCCAGCUAAUCAGUCGUGGCGAGUACAACACAACGCAGUUCUACACGGUUUUCAUCGCAGUCAUCUUCUCGGGCGAGGCGGCCGCCUCCUUCUUCUCAUACACGACCAGUAUGACGAAAGCAGCAACUGCAGCAAAUUAUAUUUUUUGGCUUCGUCGCCAAACGCCACGUGUCCAGGAAAAUCCGUCAAAACCACCAUUCAACGACGGUAACGAGAAAGACCCUGCUCAUAUCCAGGUUGAUAACGUGGAUUUCGCAUAUGAGUCGAGACCGAAUGCCAAUGUCCUCAAGAACAUCGACGUCGAUGUGAAACCUGGACAAUUUGUGGCUUUCGUCGGUGCUAGUGGCUGCGGAAAGAGUACCGCGAUCGCUCUCUUUGAACGCUUCUAUGACCCAACCUCAGGUUGCAUAACAUGCGACGGUAGCACACUGCUAGAUCUAUGCCCAAGGAAGUAUCGGAGUCACGUCUCGCUUGUGCAACAGGAACCGGUGCUGUAUCAAGGGUCUAUUCGUGACAACAUCGCUAUGGGUGUUGACAACGAGGUUACGGAGGCCCAAAUUGAGGAUGCCGCGAAACAAGCCAAUAUCUACACCUUUGUGGCAUCUCUACCCAAUGGGUUCAACACGAUGUGCGGAAGCCGGGGCACUCAGCUUUCCGGCGGCCAACGGCAACGCAUAGCCAUCGCGCGCGCCCUCAUUCGGCAACCCCGCUUGCUCCUUCUCGAUGAAGCUACCUCCGCGCUCGACACUGAAUCUGAAAAAAUUGUACAAGCCGCCCUUGAGAAAGUGAAGGAUGGAAGAACUACUAUCGCAGUUGCACAUCGUCUGAGCACAAUCAAGGACGCCGAUGUCAUCGUUGUCUUUUCGAAAGGUAGGGUUGCGGAAGUGGGAACUCACAAAGAAUUGUUGGGAAGGCGAGGCAUGUAUUACGAGAUGAGUUUGGGACAGAGCUUGGACCGAAGCAUACCUGCAUAGUUGGGCGUUGUUUGUGCUGCGACUUUUUCCGCAUCGCGCGGCUGCAUUGCUAAAGAUACCAUCUCUGGUCUUCUAUUUCUGUCAUAUGGAAUCAUGUUCUCGAGGGCUUGCAUUCUUCUGCACUCUGGGCUCCACUCGGUGUUUCCAUACCCAUGUCUACGUUGCGGGGUGUUGUGCGCGAGUGGAUCCGUGACCAUGUUUCGAAAGCUGUCCGAAAUUUCACUCCACACUACA